AAUUUGGAGGGAGUCCAGUCUGAGUGCACCACGCAGGCAUCGACGCUCUGCCUCCUCCUGGCGUCUGCCUUGGCUCUCUAUCAUCCAGAGGCAGUCGCCUCGAUGCGCUUUUCUCCACAUUUCCGCAGACGUGGUGGUAUUCCUCGCCCAACGCCCUCACUUUUGCGAAUGUUUCCGAUUCAUCGCCACAUGCCAUCCUCUUGUGCCCCUCAUCUCCAUCCUUCUCUGUCGCGCCCUGCAGCUUGCAGCUGGGCGCACCUUCCGCAUUGCCAUCUGCGGCAACCCCACCAGGGCUUCCUCAGAUUCUCCCACAGGCCCUUGCACAUAAGCCCAGGCGCUCCGCCCCCAAUUGUCAUCAUCGCAACAUCCAUCAACCUUCCACCGCGCGGCGAAAUAAACCGGAUCGACAACCAUUCACGUUAUUAUUCAGUAGCCUGUCUUUGCUGUGCAGCGCACUCUUUCCUCCGCGCGAUUUAGGAGGCCGAUUGAUUGCCUCUCGUAUUCGUGAGUAGAACAGGACGAUGGCCGCCGCGAUGUCUCAGAUGUCUGCCGCUGCAACCAUGGCCGGCGGCCUCAUGGCCCUGGCCCCCUCCUCCACGAGGCUGUCCAGCGCUGCUUCCCGCGUGGUGGACCGACCCAGACUGGGCGCGUCGCUGGCCGGACGAGUUCGAUGCGAGGCGGGCAAGGGCCUGCGGGAAACCAUCAAUGAGAGCACGAAGAAGGACAUCACGGAGGGCGAGAUCCUGAAGAACAUGGAGACCAACGAGUCGGAGCAGCGCUCGUAUUUCGGCGCCAAGCCCACCCCGGGGUUCGACCAGGCUGUGGGGUUCACCCCCCGCCCCGAGAUCGAGAGGCGGCCCGAGACCGGCGACAAGUCCUUCUUCAGCGUGUUCGCGUUCGACGGGGCUGCCCCCGAGACCAUCAACUGCCGGCUGGCGAUGUUGGGCAUCGUGUGGGCGUUCUUCGCGGAGAAGGCGACGGGAUUGACGGUGGCGGAGCAGCUGUUCAACCCCACCACGAGCGGGCUGGUGUACUUCGUGGGCGCGGUGCAGCUGUUCACGUACGCGUCGCUGGUGCCGAUCAUGAACGGCGAGUCGACGGAUGCUCGCAGCUUCGGGCCGUUCACGGCGCGGGCUGAGCGAUGGAACGGGCGGCUGGCGAUGCUGGGAUUCUUGUCGCUGGUUGUCACGGAGCUGAUCCGCGGAGCUCCCGUGUUCCACUAAAUGUAUGUAGGUAGGCAGGCAGGCAGGCGCGGAGGGAUCAAUUCCUGGACUGCUGCAAGAUUGUACAGUGCCGAUUGUAGAGUUUUGGUAGUUCGUUGAGUCGAUAGUCAGGUGAAGGAGAUUGGAUGCUUGCCCCGGCGUCUGUUCAUAUGGAAGUAGGAAACAGCCGGCCUUGCGUGCUGAGAAUGGAUUGCUCCAGCGUGGACCUGACAUGUAUGUUUUGAAGUAAUUUCUUGUUGACGAACUGUUCAAUUA